GAUUUCAGAAGCCAAGAAAGCUGAACGCACCCCUGAAAGCAAGACGAUCGUUUUCGCGAGACAGGAAGGCGUGUGUUUUCCUUAUGGCGGACCAAUCUGCUGAGCAGCGGCUUCUGGCCGCUGCCGGCGAAGGUGAUGAAGCUACUGUCCGCCAACUAUUGGAGGGCGCCGAAGACAUUGCUAAAUAUCAGGAGGAGGAGGAAGGCGCCAGCGCCCUCAUUCUGGCGGCGAAGCAGGGUCAUGCCAGCAUUGUGAAGCUGUUGCUGGAGGCGGGGGCGCCGUGGAACGCCCUCGACCGGAGGGGCAACUGCGCGGGCGACUAUGCAAUGAACGAGGGGCACCAAGAAGCAUACGAGGUCCUCCUGAAUGCAGCGGUUCAGGCGGAGCUGGUGUUGGGCGCCCUGCAGCGGCGGGCACGCAGCGGGGCCGAGGCCUCAAACAGCGGGUACCUCCAAGAAAGGGUCAAAUACGACGAUGAUAAGCUGCUGGAUGCAGAGAGUAACGGAGUCAUGAUGGAGUGGGAGCGGCCGCUUAUGGAGAGCCACGCACAGGCUGUAUGUUUUUCGGGGGGCGAUGUGCUCAACGUCGGCUUUGGGAUGGGUCUGGUCGACACCGCGAUCCAGAAGCGGAAUCCGAAGUCGCAUACGAUCAUCGAGGCACACCCGGGCGUGUACGAGAAGAUGCUCAAAGACGGUUGGGAUAAGAAGCCGGGCGUCCGGAUUUGCUUCGGACGCUGGCAGGACGUCCUCCCGCAGCUCGGACGCUUCGACGGCAUCUUCUUCGACACGUUUGGCGAGUACUACGACGACCUGCGCGAGUUCCACGCCCAUUUACCAAAGCUUUUGCGCCCGGGGGGCAUUUACUCUUUCUUCAACGGGCUGUGCGCGGACAACGCGUUUUUCCACGUGGUGUGCUGCCAGCUGGUGCAACUAGAGAUGGCGAGGCUCGGGUUUGAGACCACGUUCGUGCCGCUGCCGGUGAAUUCGGCGGUGGGCGAUGAGGUUUGGGAGGGGGUCAAGCUCAAGUACUGGCAGCUGGAUGCGUACUUCCUACCGGUCUGUCAAUAUGAGGAUAACGACGUGGAGGGGAAAAGUUCUCAACAAACGUGAUUAGGUGUUGCCUUUAAAGUCUGGGCUCGGUUAUUCUACUCAGCUUUGAAAGAUUGUCGCAAAUGCAAAAGACACCUUGCCCGCCCAUGUGCACGUGCAGUGCACUAAAAGUGGACCACAGUGGAUGUGUAUGGAAGUAGGUUUUGAUCUAGGUUGGGUUUCAUCGCCGCCCGCAGGCAAUAACGGUUAUUGCAGCCCGCUCCCCUCGCGAGCGUGCAGCCUUGGUGGCGUGCACCUUACAC